AUGGGUUUCUCUACAGACAAUCUUACAGGGUUUAUUCUGGCCCUGCUUUCAACUGGGUUCAUCGGAGCCAGUUUCAUCAUCAAGAAAAAGGGUCUUAGAAGAGCUGCUGCCGCCUCUGGUGUCCGAGCUGGUGUUGGUGGCCAUUCCUAUUUAUUAGAGCCUCUCUGGUGGCUUGGCUUGAUCACUAUGAUUGUAGGAGAGGUUGCCAAUUUUGUAGCUUAUGCAUUUGCCCCUGCUGUCCUAGUUACCCCUCUUGGUGCCUUAAGUAUAAUUGUCAGUGCAGUUUUGGCUCACUUUAUCUUGAAAGAGAGGCUGCACCAACUGGGGGUUUUGGGUUGUGUAAUGUGUAUAGCUGGUUCUGUCAUUAUUGUUAUACAUGCGCCACAGGAACAGUCCAUCUCCUCUGUCCAAGAAAUAUGGAAUAUUGCUACUCAACCUGCUUUUCUGAUGUACGUGGGAUCAGUUGUGGUUUUGGUGUUUAUUCUUGUCUUCUAUUUUGCACCUCAAUACGGCCACACGAAUGUGCUCGUUUUUACUGCCAUUUGCUCACUCAUGGGUUCUCUCUCGGUCAUGAGUGUAAAAGCUGUUGGAACUGCAAUGAAAUUGACUUUCGAAGGAAGAAACCAGUUGAUCUAUCCAGAAACCUGGUUUUUCAUGAUUGUUGUGGCUGUUUCUGUCAUCACUCAAAUGAAUUACCUUAAUAAGCUAUCUAUUCAUUUAGGCAAUGUCACUUGUAGGAUUGGGAUGGUCAAAGUGCUGGCAGCAUCAUAUCAGAAAUUUGUGGCUUUAUUGUCGUUCUCUCAGGUACCAUCUUACUACAUGUCACGAAGGACUUUGAGAGAAGCUCGUCAUUCAGAGGCAACUACACGCCUCUGUCACCUACAUUGUCUGCUAGCCUAUGUAGUUCAAAUGGGGAACUACUAA